ACGCCGCGCCUUCUGCGCAUGCGCCAGCGCUGCGCCGCCAUUGACGCAGCGUCCCCCAGCAGGCAGUGCGCCGCGCCGAGGUCAAGAUGGCGGCGAGGGCAACGGUUUCAGGAGGUGGCCGCCUGAUGGACAGGCUUCGAAAGUGGUACUAUAAUGCAGCUGGAUUCAACAAAUACGGAUUAAUGCGAGAUGAUACGUUGUAUGAAGAUGAAGAUGUAAAAGAAGCACUGAAAAGACUUCCAGAGGAUCUUUACAAUGAAAGAAUGUUUCGCAUAAAGAGAGCACUUGAUUUAAGCUUGAAACAUCGGAUCCUUCCGAAAGAACAGUGGGUAAAAUAUGAAGAGGAUAAGCCUUAUCUUGAACCGUACCUAAAAGAAGUAAUUCGUGAACGACUUGAAAGAGAAGCAUGGAACAAGAAAUAACUAUUGAACUACUUCAUGCAAACAGCCACAUCUUUCUAAAAGUUUGGUUAUUCGAGUCUUCAGGGAAGAGCAUGUAAGGCUGAAGGAAUACUUGUUUCAGCUUGUUCACUGAGUCUGUUCGUCCAACUAAAAUAAACAUGUCAAAGUAUAAAAUC